AUGCCAUCUUACUUGAUCAAGAAGUAUUCUAAUUUUAUCUUCCUUGAUCAACAGUGGCCGUAUCACCAAUCUCACUUUGCCUCGGCUUGGUCUGCCACUCAACUCCGCGGUGUCAAAUCUCGCGGUUCUGAUUUAAAGCCAGGAAUCGUAAUUGAGAAAAAAGGAAGGAUUUAUCAGGUGGUAAAGGCACAACACACAACCCAAGGAAGAGGAGGAGCUAUUAUACAGGUGGAACUCCAUGAUGUUGAUAGUGGAAGCAAGUCCAGUGCAAGAUUUCGUACGGAUGAAACCCUUGAAAAAGUAUUUGUUGCAGAAAAGAGUUUCAGGUACCUCUAUACCGAUGAAGAAACUGGGAACAUUGCGCUAAUGGAGCCUGAAACCUAUGAGCAACUAGAUGUACCAAACCACUUGUUUGGUGAAUGUUUUGUCUACCUUCAAGAUGAUAUGAAAGUCCAUGUACAACUUUACGAUGAAAGAGCAAUGUCUGUGUCAAUUCCUAGGCGAGUAACAUGUACCGUUGCUGAAUCCGAAAUUCCCAUGAGGGCAUCAGCUACUCCACAGUAUAAGAAGGUUUUGUUGGACAAUGGUCUUACAGUGCAGGUACCGAAACAUGUCGUAGAAGGAGACAGGAUUAUCGUAAACACCACCAACCACUCUUACGUAAGCAGAGCUUAA